UCUCAACCCAAAAAAUAAUAGUUGAAGAGCGCAUUUCAGAAUAGAUAUAGUUGAGGGGUCUUCAUACAAUUUUACCCCCAAAACAUUUAUCUCUCUCCUCACAAAACUCCUCCCCCACAUUGAAUCCCCUCUUCACCCUCUCUAGUUGUUGUUGUUGUUGUUGUAGUAGUAGUUUUUGUUAUUGUUGUUGUUUUUGUUGUUGUUACCAUCUUAUUGCUUCCCCCUUUUCCUCCUCUUUCUCAUUCCGUAAUCAAGGCCACAUCUUUUUCCCCUCAUCUAAUUUGUUGGCCUCUUCAAGGUGCACACCAACUGUUUGAUUCUUUGUUUGAUUGUUGUUAAGGAAGCUCAUUUAGAGGGGUAUUCAGGGUUGAGAAGGUUGGCAAUAUGUGUUGCUGCGGUGGUGUAGAGAAGGAGUCGCAUGGGCCGCCUGUGAACCACUAUGCGGCGCCGCCGGCCCGACCGGCGGCUCCAGGUCCAAAUCGAGAGCAAAGAGCCCCAAAUCCACCCAAAAGUGCCGCACCUCAAAAGGUCUUGCCUAUUGAUGCUCCAGCCCUGUCACUGGCCAAGCUGAGUCGGCUAACUGGUAAUUUUGGUGACAAUGCAUUGAUAGGAGAAGGCUCUUAUGGCCGAGUCUUCUAUGCAACUUUAACUUCAGGAGAAGCUGUUGCAGUGAAAAAGCUCGACCCAAGCGUCUCGAAUGAAUCCGACUCUGAUUUCUCUGCUCAGCUAUCAAUGGUUUCGAGACUAAAGAACGAGAAUUUUGUUCAGCUGCUGGGUUACUGCUUGGAAGCAAGUAAUAGGAUAUUGGUCUACCAGUUUGCAGCAAAAGGAUCUUUGCAUGAUAUCUUGCAUGGUAUAGUUACUCUACUUUCCUGCUUAACUACAUUGAGUAAGCUUUGCAACAAAGAAUAUUACAUAAAAACUGAAAAGUUUCGAGAAAAAGCCUAAAGCCAUCUCAAAUUUAGAAAUGUAAAUUAAUUUAUAGUAAGAUUACAUUCAAAUAUGGGUACCAUACAAUUAUAUCCAAAUUAUCCAUAUCUAUCCCAUAUCUACUUGGAUUAAAUAAAUCUUCGGGGAGAGAAAAUGGUGGGAUAGCUUGGAAUGGAGUGACGACGAAAGCGUCAGGUCUCGUUUUUCUUCGUCUUUUAGAGAAACUACGGAUAGAUCUUUACCGAAGUUCGGUUAUUCAUACUAACUUGUACAAUGAUUUUCUCUACAAUUUUCUUCUCUCCAAUUUUCCACAUUUUGAUCAUAUUGUCUUUUGUUUUCUUUUUUUUUCGAAUGUCUUGAUUGAAUUUGUCUAUUUCGGA